AUGGCCUCGCCACUCGUUAAUCACCCCUGCAUCGUCUGCUGCCGCGCCACCUCGAUGUGGUGCAGUCGCUGCCAGAACGCGUGGUACUGCUCCCCAGACCACCUCUCGCAGGACUGGGCCCGCCACCGUCGCGAGUGCGUGCCGACAAAUCAGGUCCAGCAGCCGUACCCGAACAUGAUCGCCACCCCGCCCCCGGCACAGACGGAGCUCGUGUCUGUGACCGCGCUCCUCUUCCUCCCGACUGAAGAACGCGCGAGCCUCACCGUGGUCCGCUGCCGGCCACAGGGCACGGUGUCGCAAGGGCUGUGCCCGGUGCCGCUCGUGCAGGAGUGGUUCCGGGAGAGCGUGCCGAACACGAUCAUCCUCACCCAGGGGCUCAACGGCGAGCCCCUGCGCUUCCCGCUGCACAUCUGGUACUGCCCGGCGUCGCUGCAGCGCGGCACGCCGGUGAACCGCGCGAUAUUCCGGAUAACGUCCGGCGCGGCCGCGAAGCCGUGGUGCGGGCCCGUGCUCGUGCUCAAGUUCAACGGCUCCCGCCGCCAGGGCUACGCGGACGCGGGCACGAACGACCUCCCCGCGCUCUCCGCGUACUUCCUCGCGUACAACUAA